UAAAUGCUCAUUAGUAUCAAAUUAAUUACGAAGUGGUGUAGUCUAAAGUUCCUGUGCAUUAAAAAAGUGAUUGUUUUUUUUUUUUCAUUUUUCUCUCGCCUUGAAUUUUCAGACUCACUGAUUGAUCUGAAAAACUAGUUUUCCACUAAAUUGCCUAAAUCUAGUUUUGACUAUGGAGAAAACAAUUCUGGUCCUUCUGGCCUCAGUCGCCAUAGUUCUAUCAAAUCCAGUAAUCACACGGCAAGACCUUCAAACUGAAGAACUCAGACAGAACAUAGAGAAAUUCUGUUCCAAUCUGAUACACUUAAACAACUUGUACUAUUCCAAAGGAGAAACCAAAGAAAUUAACGGUUUUCCAGCAGAUAUGAGCGUUCAUUGGAAGACAGGGAACAUAUUCUACACAUUAAUAAACGAUGAAAUGAAGAUGUCCCUUCAAAUAUUACGUCCCAGUGGUGAAACGGAGACUAUUAAAAUAGCUGGAUUAGGUCAAUCCACAACAGUUGAUAACCUAAACGAUAUUGUGUACCUAGCGACUGAUAACGGGGUAUACAAAUAUAAAGACGACGGUUCGGUGGAGUUAUAUACAGCUUUAGGUGAAGAUGUUAUGUAUACAACUGUGUCAAACGAUGGGACAGUAAUGUAUAUAGCGACAUGGCCUCAAAAUCGGGUGCAUAAAAUCACAAAUGACGGCCAAAAACAGGAAUCUUUCUCGGCCAUACCAAACGGGCAUGGCAUAACAGUUGAUCCUGGAAAUAAUAUUUUCUUUAUAGCAACCAAAACGUCGUAUAUUUUGAAAAAUGGGCAGAGUAUACCAAUUAAAAUUAAAGGGUUGCCAAGUGAAAGAAUGUCGGGUGUUUUUGUUACUCGUUCGGAUGAAGUUCUUGCGAUGGAUGAGAACAGUAAUCUUUAUAGUGUUGACGCUGAAAACGCUAGUGCUAAACAUUUAGGUACGUUCAACGUAUCAGGAGUAAACACUUUUGCCUUGGAUUCUGCCGACAAUAUUCUUAUCGGUGUCAAAGGGAACAUACUGAAAUUCAAUGCCUACGAACAUAAUCCUUGCAGCGAUUUCAAAAAGUAACUACCUACUUAGUGCCCUAUUUUUUUAUUAAACAUAUAGGUAUUUAUUAAAAUAUUUCUUACUAAUAAAAUGUGUGUAAGUACCUCUA